AUGGAAGACUCAUCGUCCGGCAGCUGCAGCCCUGAUUUGGAGGACUGCAUUUUGGAAUCCAAAUCCAACGAGAGCCUCUCCGUCGGCUAUUUCCCCUAUGAGGACAGCACAGACUGUGAGGAGGAGAUCAUUCCCUGUGAAGACUUGACUUCUGAGGGCUCUUCCUGCCACUCCCUCCCUCCCGUCCAAGGGGCAUGGGGAACGGAAAGUGUAAGGAGACCCAUGGGGAGAAGAAAUGAAAUUCAGGAGAACCCAGAGAACCUUGGCCAAGAAGCCAUCACCAAGGACUUGGAUGCCCAUCUGGACUGUGAUGGUGAAGACUCAGUAGGUCACCAGGCUCUGAGUGAAAACGACCAGAUCAUGGACGGGUGCGCACAGGAGAGGAUAAGCCAGACCAUCGGGGAACUGGAUGAUCCAUUGACAAAUACGUGUGCAUUUCUUGACAAUCAGAGAGAUGACAAAGACGAUGACCCUGUGCUCACUGAUUCUUCUCAGGAGGAGGAUCUCCAGCCGUUCAGAAAUCUCUCUCCCCUUCUGGAUCUGGUCAGUCAUCAAGAACAUGAAACUUGUCAGGACUUGCCCAAGUGUAAACCACUAGAAAAUGGAGUCAUCCAGCAGUUCUUAGAAAAGACUCGCUGCCCUGAGGAAGAUGAGAUUAUUGAGGUGAGCACAGAGCAGCCUCACUGCAGGGCUGCAGAUGGAAACUGCGGAGACCUGCACUGCAGAAAAUCCCUCCGUCUCUUCAGAGCUCUCAAAGGAGGGGAACGGGCCCUUGGUCGAAGAAAACACGUGUUGUCUGAAUUUCUGGCGCAUCUUCCACUGGCUCAGGAAGCAAGUGGCCUCCUUCCUGCCAGGGAGAAAUCGCCCUGA